GAGUUUACUAAUGAAUAUUUGGCUUUUUUUGACAGUGAAUCAAGAUGGCACCUACUUAUUGCUUUGCUUGUAAAAAGGCAGUGUAUGCUGCAGAGGAGAAGAAGAAUGCUGGAGUAAGCUUUCACAAGUUCUGCUUUAAAUGUGUACUAUGCAACAAGAGGCUAGAUUCGACCACUGUAACUGAGCAUGAAAAAUCGCUCUAUUGCAAGAACUGCCAUGGUAAAAAGUAUGGUCCCAAGGGGGUUGGAUUUGGUGGUGGUGCUGGAACAUUGAGCAUGGAUAGUGGAGAGCGACAUGGCCUUGAAAAGGAUCCAUCCAAGAUGAGUGGAAGUGGCAUUGCUUGUGCCUAUGUAGCUUCAGAUAUGUCUGUAACUCCUGCAGGACCAGGUCAGAAAGCUUGUCCACGAUGCGGAGGUGCUGUCUACCCAGCUGAGGAAGCUGUAGGUGCUGGCGGAACUUGGCACAAGAAAUGUUUCAGAUGUUGCAACUGUAAGAAAGGCUUGGACUCAACAAACUGCUGUGAUAGGGAAGGUGAAAUAUUCUGUAAAGGUAAGUACAAUAAAGUAUACAGUAAUUGAAUAAAACAGUUUUUU